CAUUGAACGGUGCGGUCGUGUGUUCGCUGUCGCUGCGCAAAACUUUUAUAUUGGCGCGUCUCCUGUUUCAUAGUGCGCCAAAAAAUAAACUAAACUUAGGUGAAUUUGUUAAUAAACAAAUAAGAAUUAUUUGUGAGUGUAUAUUUUUGUAUAUAGAGCAGCUGCAAGCUGUUUAAUAAAGCGAAAUUUUUGGCCCAAGCAACAAGUGCGACAGGAAACGCGCGCGUGGAAAACGUAACGAAAUCGAAAAUAAAGUGCAAAUAAAAAAGUGUAUGUGCAUGUGAAGUUCCAUUAAUUUGCUAAUUGGAAAUCGCACUGAAAAUUUAUUGCUAUUGAUAGCUUAUAAUAGUAAGCAUUUAAUAGUGCUAAUUGGAAAGAAAGUGUGAAAUAUAUAGAAAUAUAAUAAAGUAAAAAUAUAAAAAUUCCAUUCAAUCGCGCAGUCGCAGAUGUGCGUUAAGUUAAUAAGCGCGCUAAAUAAAUAAUUGUUGCUCAAAGGCGCGCAUAUUGAAAUCAAAUAAUAAUAUUAACCAAAGCUGAUUAUAUUUUCCCAAUUGGAAGCGGCCAGCAUAACAACAACAGCAACUAUAACAAAAUUUUUGGUCGCGCUAAUUGAAAUAAUUACAAAAUGGCAACGUGAAGAAACGCGAAACAACAACAAAACACUUAAAAAUAAAAUAUUAAAACAACAACAAUCGAGCUUAAAAUGGGCACAUAAAUACGCACAACAAUUGUAACCAAAGCUUUAAGCAUAUACUAAGAGGAAGAAGAAGCAGCGAGUGCAGGAGAACAAGCGUUAAAUUGCAGCAACAAUUUUCAAACGCAACGACACGAGGAAUUUCAUUGAGAGCGAGCGAGUCGGCAAUAUGCGUCUAGCCGGUGGGUCUCUGUCACGCCACUGGGCCAUGGGCGCCUGUUUGCUGCUGCUGCUGGUUUGGCCCGCAACGCCGACGCAGGCACGUUUUAUUGCUAAAAGAGAAACCGCCCAUGUGGGGGAUAUGGGUGUGGAUGCCCAUACAGCUGACCCUGACAUUGUUAAACCGAGCAGUGAAAGUGCGAGCGGAUCGGAACUAACAAAAACAACAACAGCCACAACAACACGUCAAGACAAUGUUUUAGCUAUGUUAGCAGCGCGAUUGCAGCUGAGAACAACAACAACAACAGAAGCACCAAUGCAACAGGCGCAGUUAACAACAAACAGCAGCGGCUUAACAGAGCUGAUUCCUAAAUUAAAAAUAGCAGAAGAGCAACGGUUGGUGACAACAGAAGCAACAACAGCAAAUGUAAAUCUUACUGGAAACUCCAACACUGCACCUAUCCUGCCUGUUAAUAUGGAGACUGUUAAACUAAAUGAAGAAGCCAAGCGGGAUUCGAACAGCAGCAGCACUGCAGCAGCGCUAAUAUUAAAUGCAGCAGAGCAACCGACAGCCAAACAGCAGGAUAACAGCGCUCUUGAAAUUUUACAGAAUAAUACAACAAUAGCAGUAAAUGCAGCCACUGUUACACAGCCAAAUGAACAUGAGCUAAACGUUAAAAAAACACAGGCAAUUUUACAGCAUGUUACAACAGAGAAUCCAGAAAAUGUGCAAUCUAUGGUUGGUGAUCAGCAGCAGCAGAAAACAGCAACAGAAGUGCCAAAGGCAGAAAUUCAGGAGCAGCUUAAACCUCUGGAGGGAGAGCUAUCAAAACUGCAGCAAGAGUUGACAACAACGCCCACAACAACAACGACGACAACUUUAAAAACGCACUUUGCGUCCACACAGCGAGCCGAGGAUCAUGCGCGUGCUAUGCAAUUUCCCAGCAGCACUGAAAAUGUUGCCGCCCUCUCACCCGUUACCCCCAUGAAGCUGCGACCGCUGCCGAUGACAACGACAACAAUAACAACAACGCACACACCACAGCUGCUGGCAGCUCUGCUGCACGCGGGCGUCACUGUUACGCCCAGCGCCUCGCAUGAAAAUGUUAUCGAGGAGGAGCAGCUAGUUCAGCCACAGCACGAAAAACGUGCGAAAUUCAUCAGUGGUAAUUCGACAAAUGCGCAACAGCUGACGCUGCCCAACGCGGCGGAGGUGUGGAGCUUAGCUGCCAUGAAAAUGGUGCCAACAACAACAACAACAACAACCACAUCCACCACCACCACCAUUGCGCCCACAGAGCUGGCCAAUGAAAUUGAGCUGCAGCAACAGAAUCUCACGGAACAGCAUAAGGAAAAAAUUCUGUUAGACUGGCAGCAGAUAAUGUUAAUGCAAACGAGCCAGGAGAAUCACACAGAGCUCACGAUGAGCACCACACUGGAUGCCACCGAGGCAGCUACACAGGCGACAACAUUACAAUUGGAUGAUAUGUUAGAUGAAAAGGAAAUGGAGACUUCAGCUAGCAGCGCUGUAACAGCCAGCACUGUUAACAGCACAGCAGCAACAGCGGACAGGCGACAGGAUGAGUAUGCAAUUGAUGAGAUAGCAGUAACAACAAAAGAGAACUCAACAGCGGCUAUGAAAGCUAAGCCUGAGUUGGCAAAGGCAGCUGGCACGGGAGAUGCAAUAGUAACAGCGACUGUAACGGCGCAGCCAGAGUUAACAGCUGCAGCAAACGGCAAAGCAGAGGCAACAAUAACAGCCACAAAAACACCGCAGACAGCCUUAACAGAGCUUAAUAAGCAUAUCCCAAAAGCAGGCGAAGCAGAUGCUCCAGUUACAGGGACUGCAACUUCACAACCAAACUUAACAGAGCUAGCAAAGCCUAACUCAACAGCCCACGCAGCUGCAGUAGGCGCAACAGGCGAAACAGACAUAGCAGCGGCAGCGACUGCGACUGCACAGCCAGCGUUAGCAGCUGCAGAAGCAGAUGAGAAAGAUACAACAAUAACAGCGACUGCAACUGAGCAGCCAGCGUUAACAGAGCUGACAAAGCUCGCCUCCCAAGUAGCAGCAGCUGCUGGCGUUGCAACGAAGUCCGUAAUAACAACAACUGCAACAACAAAUAACGCAGAGGCAGCUGCAGCAACAACGACAUCUGCUGCGCCGCCAACAGCUGUGCCUGAGAUGCCAACAACAACAACAACAACAGUAACGCAAACAACAACAACAACAACAACUGCUCUGCCAAGUGCGUUGAACGACACCCGCUAUGCGAAUGAAUUGGCAAUGAAAGCGACGGCGCAUGAAAAUAAUGAAAACGGCGAUAAAAGCAACAAUGUCGACAGCGACGACGUCAUCAACGUCUCCGUCUCAGUCGCGGUCUCAACGACCGAGCGCCAGCCAAUAACAGUUAGUAUGCGAACAGCUGGCGAGGUGAACACAACGAAGACGACGCCAACGUCAACGCCGACGCCGACGACGCGUACAUUGCUUGAAGAACAAUUAGAAACAACAACAACAACUUUGGCAACGCCAACGCCAACGGAAAUUGUCCAAAUUAGCAAUGAAGUCAAUUUAGACACAAUUACAUUUAAAAAUGUGACAAAAGACACAAAUAAUAUAUUAAUUGAAAAGAGCAACGAGAAAAACAAUAACAGCACUGCCAACGUAGUAUCGCAGCAAAUCAAUAACAGCGCUGCCUACGACCCAGCACUGCAAAUCAAUAAUAACAGCACUUCCAGUACAACAACAACAAGCACAGCAACACCCUCAACUCUGUUGACAGAUGCUAAGGCUAACAGUGCGCUGAACGAGCAUGAAACACUGCUGGAAACUAAUAACAUAGGCGAAUCACCGGCUAUAUCAACAACAAUAACAACAACAUCAACUACUGUUAAGCCACUAGCAACAACAGAAUCUACAGUAGCAGCUGUUAAUGAGGUAGACGUAAGCACAGCAACAGCAAUAACAGCUGUUACUGCUGCAACAGCUGCAGCUGCAAAGGACGCAUCCGAGCUUUACGAUGAGGAUGAUGAUAAUGAGGAUAAGCGACAGCAGAUUGAACAUGAAAGUGUCACAGAGCAACAGUUGCUGAGCAAAACGACAAUGGCGAACGCGACAACAACAACAACUGAGACUACAACAACCACAGAGGCGACAACAACAACAUCAAUUAGGCCACCAACAACAACUACCACAACGGAGGAGCCGUUUAUCAGUUUGCUAGAUGAUAGCACCACAACGACAACAUCAACAACAACAACAACCGAAACCAUAAGAACAACCACAACUACAACAACAGAGCCCAUCUACAGCUCCACCAGCGACAAUAACAUUAAUAUUAACAACACCAGCAACAGCAUGCUGCCCACUGCUAGCAGUGCCAAUGUUAAUCUACCCACCACCAGCAGCAUCCCCAUGUUAAUGCCAACACAACCGCCCACCGAUGUGAAUCACAUGCAACAGCCGCCCGGCAACACUGGCACCGAUGUCAACGUCAUAAUUGCCAUAACGGUUAGCGUAAUUGGCGUCGUGGCGCUCAUCCUGCUGGUGGCUUUCCUCUAUUUAAUGCGCAAACGCCAAAAGCAGAUGUCCUAUAGCCAGCGCUGUCGUCCCGUCAGCCUCGAUGCCUACUCUCUGGACAAUGUCUCAGUGUUGGGCAGCGUGCGGCGCAAGGGACGCGAUUUACGCGCCUCAAAACGUACCUACGGCAACGCCGCCUUCGAUGAUCCCUCGCUGCGUCACAAUCUGCUGAGCGCCACAGAGUUGGGCAAGUUUGUGGAGCGGCGUUCGACCAUCUUCGAAGAGUUCCGGGAUGUGCCCCAAAUCAUUGCUAGGGCGGACGAGGUGCCAGCCGGGUGUGAGGACAAGAAUCGCUACGCAAACGUAAUUCCGCUUCCCGAGACGCGAGUGGUGCUCCAGCGCCAGGGCGAUGAUGACAAAACGGAAUACAUUAAUGCCAAUUAUGUGCGGGGACCGCGUGAUGCGCCCAACUAUUACAUUGCCUGCCAGGCGCCCCUGGAGAGCACCACCGCCGACUUUUGGCGCAUGAUCUGGGAGCAGCAGUCGCGCGUCAUCGUCCAGGCAACCGACCUCACCGAAAAUGGCAUCGAGCGCUGUGCUGAGUAUCUGCCGCCGUCGGUGACACUCGAUAAUCACAGCAGCUACGGCGAUUAUCAGGUCACGCUAAAGCAUCGCGAGGUCAAGGAUAAAUAUGCGAUCUCAACACUAAUGUUGAAGCGUGUCGAUGGCGCCGAGUGCCGCGAGCUGACGCACUACUGGUACAAAUGGCCCGAGUCGGGCGUGCCGCUCGAGGAGGCGCCCAUCAUUGCCAUGCUGCUCGAGGCGCGCUCCUCUCUCAAAUCGUAUGCCCUGGAGCAGGCCAAUGAGCUGAAGCAUGAGAAGUCCUCCACACUCACUCUCAAAUCGCUGGAGGGGCAGACGCCAAAAGCAGCGGCAGCACAAGAGGAGGAGUGCAGCACGUCGAGCGCGGCGAGCAAUGAGAUUAACGGCAAUGUGGCCAACAAGACGGCGCGCAGUCAGCAGGGACCGCUAACCAUUCACUGCUCCCCAGGUACGGGCCGUACCGGCACCAUCAUUGCCUGUGACAUGGCCAUACGGAGCCUGGAGACGCCCAAGCGUUCGGUGGAUGUGCCCCAGUUGGUUUAUUAUGUGCGGCGGGGUCGGGCAAGUGCCGUACAGACCAAGGAGCAAUACGAAUUUAUCUAUAAGGUUGCCAAUAUGUAUGCGACCAAAAUCACAAAUCUGUCAAAUGAUAAUUGAGACUGUGCGAAAACAGUUGAGAACAUUUUAACAAGUCCUUAUAUACACGCUGUAUGCAUAUUAUAGUCAUAGCUCAUAUAUGUAUCUAUAAAUAUUUACAUAUAUAUUUUAAAUGUAACGCUAUUUGUAUUAGUAUAUUAUGUACCUAGGUAUUAUCUAUGAUAUACACAUGUACGUGCUGGAAAAAUUUCAUUUGUGUAUGUAUGUAUUCCUUUAUUAUUGUGAUAUAUUCGUAUAUUUGUAAAUCUCUUGUAUAAUCUGUUGCAUAUUUAUAAUAAGGCUUUGUUUUUUAAUUGUGCGCUAUUUGU